AGACAGAAAAACAUACUUGUAGCCUAUUCCCCCUUCAUUCGAUCCCAUGUUUAAAUCCUUUGUGAACAUCCAAGAACUCGAAGCAAUAUCUUCAAGUCAAUUGGUUCCUUCAUUUCCAACCGCAUAUAUUCCAGCAGAGCCUUAUUGGGCUGCUCAAAAUCAACCUCAAUGUACAUGCCAGUGUGGUGCCAAUAAGGUGGAUGUUUCAGCGCAUGCCCACGCCAUUUGGAACCAGACCAAUAUGGAACCUUCUGAAUACACAGAGAGACAGUGGAGCUCUGAGUCUGCAUCCCUAUCCACCACAGGCUAUCCCAGUCCCAUAGCAUCACCAGAACCUUACUUAAUAAGCCAAGAUGAAGCCGAAGGCUUUUACUCUAAACCUUCCCUGGAUGAGUAUGCUGACCAAGUCUACAAGAUGGAAAAGUUGGGAGGGUUCUCAGAGUACACGCAAGAAGGAGCAUAUGGAAAUAUGGUGACAACGGAGGCUAUUUUUGAUAUGUCAAAAUAUCGAAGUAUGCCCUCUGGUUUAUGCACUCCGUUAGCUAGCCCGGUGUUGGAAGAGCAACAGGUUACUCAAGAUACGACGACGGGUUGUGAGUUCUUGAUGUAUGCAGGUUCAAAUCCCCUGUAUUCACCACCGCAACAACAAGAAGAAGAUCCAAUGACCAGACCCACCACUAAAUCCCAACCAAGCCAUUAUAAAUGCGACUUUCCCAACUGUACAGCUACGUUUACUCGGCCCUACAACCUUAAAUCGCAUAAGCGAACGCAUACCAAUGAGCGGCCCUAUGCAUGCCCGCAUCAAGGGUGCAAUAAAACAUUUGCCAGACACCACGACCGAAACCGCCAUGCUAAACUCCAUAUGGGUCUUAAACCAUAUUCAUGCCCUCAUUGCAAGAAGUGCUUUGCCCGCCAGGAUGCUUUGAUUCGACACUCUAAGAUCGAGAAUGCACCGUGUUCUCAAGUGGUACAGACCAAGAAACUGCCGCUCAAGUUCAAGUUUCUCAAUGGCAGAUAGGCUAAAUGCAAAAAAAUUUUAUGGGGCGGCGUUCGAUGUUUCGAGCCACCAGCAGCCAUUUGGACGGACUGGAGGGUAUGCCUGGUCGCUUUUUCCUACCUAACCUCCAUGGUUGUUGCCAUCACAUCGCUGUUUCUCAUAUGUAGCAAUACUUCUUCCCACCCUCAUUGUAUUAUACGCUAUACAUCCUUUCUGUAUUUUUUUUUCUGGUUGUCUUUUUUUCACUGGGCUACAAGCACGUACCAAACCAACGCAUUCUUUUUUUCCUAUCAUGUAAUAUUCUCACUCCUCCUGGCUUGACUUGACAAAAUAAAACCCCUGCCCUUAAACAUA